AUGUUGUUCUCUACAAAAGCUAUCGCGGCACUAAGCCUUCUGGCUGCCACCGUCUCUUCCUCCCCUGCUGUCUCUCCACGAGCAGCGACUGCGCCGGUGUACGAUGACGAAGUUGCCCCAGCUCUGGCCGAGUAUCCCCUGCCAGCCAUUUUGACCCCCGAUAUGAUCCCAGCUAUCAGAGAACAAGAGACUGCCGAGUACAACGCAGAAACAGUGCUGAGCGGCCAACCGUUCACCCACGUUGAGCAUGCUGUCCCCGGCUACCAGGGAUAUAACAUGACGGUUUCCGUCAUCACUCCCGACAACAUCCCGCAAGGUUCUUCCCGUCCAUGGGUCUACUAUAUCCACGGGGGUGGUCUCAUUCUUGGGAACCGCUUCUACCUGAUUGCCGCUGGCUUUGAGCUCGCGUACAGUCUCGGCUUGGUCAUUGUAUCGGCCGAGUACCGUCUUGCCCCAGAGCAUCCUGCCCCGGCUGCUAUCGAGGAUGUCUACGCUGGACUUGUCUGGGCCGCGAAUAAUGCGCAGUCCCUGGGCAUAGACCCUAGUAAUGCAUUGGUUUGGGGAUCAAGUGCUGGUGGCGGUCUGGCUGCCGCUGUUGGCAUGAUGGUGCGUGAUCGCAAGCCAACCGACAAGCUCACACUCAAGGGACUCUUGCUGCACUACCCCAUGCUUGACAAUAGCAUUCCUUCGUCGGAGCAAGCCAUUUUCAGUGGUGCUGCUGCGCCAGCCUGGUCUGCUGAGACAGAUGCAAUGGCGUGGAAGGCCUACCUUGGCGAGAAGCCCGGCAACAAGGCCAAGAACCCAUACUACGUGCCAGCACGGGCCACGAACCUUGCCAACCUUCCUCCCGUUUUCAUCGACGCCGGGAGUGCCGAGCUGUUCAGACAACCCGUUGCCAAGUUUACUCAGGCCUUGUGGGAGGCUGGUAACUUGGUCGAGUCCCACAUUAGUGCCGGGGCGUUCCAUGGCUCCGACGUUAUGGUACCUACUGCUCGUGUUUCUCAACGGGCCUGGGCUGCCCGUUAUCUUUGGAUCACUGACAAGCUUACUGCCUAA